UGUAGACGAGUGUGAAUCAUUAGCGAUACAGUUGAGCGCUGGAUAAGCUCAGAAUUGGUGAAUAAAAACAGAAGUUUGGAUCAUUCUCGGAUCGCCGUGGACCUGCGUGUAGACUUUUAAUACUGAAGGUCAAAAUUUUCCUUUUGCUAACCCCCCCUUCCGUCAGAAAGCUGCUCUCACACACAGUUCAUACCGAGCAGUAAAAUGGCCGACCGUCAACCGACUGACUUUUCAGCGCUUUAAAACCAGUUUGCUUUUUUCCGUUUACAUUCUCGUGUUGCAUGGUUACAAACAGCACUGUGGAGGACGAGCUUCUACUAUUAGCUACACAAGCGUGGACUUUUAAUGGCGUGGGUUGAAUUUCAAGUCAACUCGAAUGCCUCAAAUUUUACAAUUUCGCACUGAAGCACUUUAGCAGUGGCUAGCUUUUUAGCUGCAGUUCAUGUAAUUCCUGGGAAAGGAGAAUCUGGAAAGGGAACAGCAGUUCAUGGAAGACAAGAAAAGGAAAAAGGAAGAUAAAAGGAAAAGGGAAACCUUACAGAAGGUGGUUGAGCAAAAAAACAAAGUGCCCGAACUGACCAAGCCUCCAUCUUCCCAGUCUCCUGCCACCCCCAGCUCGGUAUCCCCCAGCCCUGGCCCUGUCCCUAACACAACCACCUCCAUUGCCACCCCGCCUGCUGGCGCCCCCCCUCAGGGCGGGAAUAAUGCUAAGCGGUCGGCGGUGGCCAACGGACAGCCCUCCCCCAGCACCCAGGCCCCACAGCGCUACAUGUCUCGUGAAGUGCCCCCUCGAUUUAAAGUGCUACUGAAGAGGGGCCAACCACCAUUGUCCUCCAUGCUGCUGGGGGGAGGCAACAGUGGGGGAGAUAGCCCCAAUGCAACAGUGACUGCUGCCUCAGAUUCCAACCUCGGCUCUGCAGGUCAAGCAACUCCCUCUCUGCCCCACACAUCAUCCUCCUCAUCAAUCGCUGCUUCUUCUACUACUUCUUCAAAUUAUGCAAAUUCCAUGUGGGGGGCAAGCUCUGGUAGCCAGCCCCUCUCUCAGGGCAGGGAGAAGGUAAUAGUUGAUGGGUCAGACCUGGAGGAAUGGCCAAGUAUUGCUGCUGGGGACAUAGCCAGAUCAGGAGAUAAAGCCGUUACUGGAGGUGCAGAUGGCAAUGUAUUGCCGAACUGUAGUGCCUCAUGGGGUGACAGGCAUCUCCAGCAGCCACAGGUUUUAGGAGGAGCAAAUGAAGGCAGGAAAGGUGUCAGUUCUGAUAGCCCGCCCCCACCCACACCCUCCAGUUCAACCAAUGAAUGUAUGCAGCCUAGUAGUGUUGUUUGGGGGUCCCAGGGAGGAAAUGCAGUAGCAACUGGGUCAUUGCCCUCUAUAUCCAAAGCCUCCAUUCUACCAGGGACUGAUUCCCCAAUUGGUGUCAACUGUGGGUUUCCAGGUGCCAACUUUAACCCUAAUGCCAACCCCUCUGCCUGGCCAGCCCUGGUACCAGAUAGGGCUGGAGCAGGUGCAACAGAGGGUGGCCCCACAUCUCUCCAAAGCUCUACGUCAUUGUCUGCCAACAACUCUAUUUCUGUGAAUCAAGCCUCUCAUCAGCAACAACGUCACCAAAUGCAAUACAGAGACAUGGAGUCAUCCUCUAGAGAGUGGGGUGGUACAGCACUGGAACCAGGAGCAGGACCAAAAAACACAGCAACAACGGAAGGGGGUGAUGGGGACUGUGGAAGUACAGGGGGAGAGGAUCUUUCUGCCUCUUCUUCCUCUUCCACCUCUUUAUCUACUUGGAGAGCUCAGCCUUUUCCUGCAAAUUCCAAAACGGGUGCCUCAAGAACUGAUGCCUGGGAGGGUGGAGCUGGGGGUAGCUCUGGCUCUGAGUUGGCAAACUCAUGGGGGUUAAGCGGGCAAGAUGACAGAAGAGGCCCUGUGGGUGGAAGUUCAUGGGGCACUGGAUCUCAGGGAGCAUGGAACGGGGGACUUGGGGACUGGGGUAGUUCAAGUGGUGUUAGCAAUCCAGCAGGGGGAAAUGGAGAUGGCUCAAGCAGUAACAGCAGCACCAGUGGUGGAAGUGUUGGAAACCCCUCAGUUGCUUCCGCCACACCUUCAACUAUGACAAGAGCUUGGGACAAUCAGAAAGGAACCGGAGAUGGCGGGACAGGAGACUCCACUGAGUGGGGAGGCCAAGGAAACAGAGGUGGAGGAGGCACCUCAUCCUCUAGUGGAGGUGGUAACUCAAGAAGUGGCAAUCAGCACCAAGGCCACCACCGCCCUCAUCAGACUCCCAAUCCUGAAGUGGCCUUACAAAAUCUUCUUAACCGGCCUGACCUGGACCCUAGAGUUCUGUCCAACACUGGAUGGGGACAGACGCAAAUUCGACAGAAUGUGGCGUGGGACUUGGAAAGAGAUGGAGGAUCAGCAGGCACAACUAGAUCUACUGCAAUUAAUGCAAGCAAUGUGCCACCAUAUUCUAGCUCUGCUGGUGCACCAAACACUGCCCCAUCGUCUUUGUCUCAGAAUGCCAACUUGAGCUCAAACUCUGUUCUUGGUCCUCCAACUAGUGAAGGAUGGGAUAACAGCAGUAGCAGCAGUGGUUCCUCUUUGCCCAAUCGGGGACCGGAACCUCCUGGGGGCAGUAUACAAAACCCUGGUGGAAAUGGAGCAGGGCACUUAGGUGGACAGAGCCAACCUUCAGGGGGCUGGGGAGAGUCAAGUCCAUCUGAGGGCAAGGAAAAAGGUUGGGGCAGUGAGGGACAAGAAUGGAGAGAUCACAGUGCAGGAGGUGGAUCAGGUGGAUGGGGUGAUUUUCAACAACAGGGUACUCAAGUAGGAGGCGGUGGAGAAUGGGGAAGUAGUCAGGAGGAUAAAGGCGCUGGAGGUUGGAAAGAAAGGGGGAGGGGGGAUGUUGGAAACCGGGGCCAGAGGAGUGGUAGUGAAUGGGGAGAACGGGAAACCAAAGCAAACAGUGGUGGGUGGGGUGAUGGAAAGGAUAGCGGAGGUACACGUGGAGCAACUGAAGUAGAUACAUGGAGCAGCUGGGAUGAUGCAACACCAAGAAAAACUUGGGGAACCGGAAGUACAGAGACAGCGGGAGUUGGGGGUGGGAGCGACCUGGGUAGCAAAACUCAGUCGGGUUGGGGUGGGAAUGUACACCCUUCACAAAUGCCAAACAGCCAAUCGGCCUCUUUGAAAGGUCAGGCACAACAGCAGCAACAAUCACAGUCCCAGCAGUCACAGUCACUGGAUUCCGGGGUUGUUCAAGGGGGUUGGGGAAGGCAAGGGGGACCUUCAGCCCCAAGCCAAAGUUCAGGAUGGACAUCAGGGCCUAUUCCCCAAAUUUCCAGUGACCCUGCGAGCAGUUCAGAGCCAAGUGGCUGGGAGGAACCUUCUCCACAGUCUAUUAGUCGGAAAAAAGAAAUAGAUGAUGGAACAUCUGCCUGGGGUGAUCCCAAUAACUACAAUUUUGUAAAUUAUUGGGACAAAAACAACAGCCCAUCUGGACAGGCGCAACCGCCUCAGCAGCAGGGGCCUCCGUCUCUGGCAGCAAGAGUGCCCACUAGUCUUGGAAACAGAGACACUAACCCUACAGUUUCUUCCAACAAGGGUCCAACAAUGGCUCCAUCUGGAUGGGGAAGGAGCAGCUCUCCCUCAAGUCCAUGUGUGGAUAAUGGCACUGCAGCUUGGGGCAAAUCUGCUGAAGCAUCGACUAGCUGGAGUGAUCAGGAUAACACUGGAAAUGCCCCAGGUUGGGGAAAUCCUCCCAAGUCUGGUUCCAAGACUAUGCAAGAAGGCUGGGGUGAGAGAGAGGGCUCUGUCAGUGCCUCGCGUCAUUCCAGCUGGGAGGAUGAGGAUGAGGGAGGUGGUGUAUGGAACAGCACUGGAUCUCAAGGCAGCAGCUCGUCCUACAACUCUGGGGGCUGGGGAGGCAAAAAGGUUAAGGGCCCAAUAAAAAGUGGAGACUCUUGGAUGAACCCUAUGACUAGACAGUUUUCAAACAUGGGGCUUCUUGGAGAGGACCCCAGUGGACGCCCAUUGGAUCUGGCCCCUGGCCCUCCUCAGGAUAAAAAGAUGGAUGGAGAUAAACGAGGUAUGGGUUUAAGUGACUACAAUGGAGAGAUGCGCAAAGGAGGGCGUGGAGGGGCAGGAGGAGUAGUCUUCCGUUCACCUGGUUCCAAAGAGGUGGGGCCUGGUGAGACUGGGCCUUACUACGACAAGCAGACCUUGCCUUUCACCAAUCAGGAUGGGUGCCUUGGGGAGGAGGGGCCUUGUUCUCCAUAUUCUCCGUCCACUGUCUUCAAGCCCUCUCCCCUCUACAACCACCCCAAUCCCCCUAGACAAACGGGUGGUCAUAUGUUUGGGAGUGGUGGAGGAAUGGCGCAGCCCAGGCACCAGCCAGGGAUGCCACCUAUAAACCCAACUGUGCGAGCGCAAGUGCCUCAUCAGUUCCUGUCACCUCAGGUGCCAGGCUCUGUGCUGAAGCAGAUGCCUCCUCCAAGCGGAGGCGUUGGAGCGGUGGGUGGAGGACUAUUCCCCCCUCAGCUGUCCCCACAGCACAUCGCCAUGCUCAGCAACAUUUACCCCCCUCACAUCCAGUUUCAGCUGGCUUGUCAGCUGCUUCUGCAGCAGCAACCUCAGCAGCAGCAGCAACCUCAGCAUCUCCUUCAAAACCAGCGCAAGUUCCCUCAGAAUGUGCGUCAGCAAGCAGACCCUCAGCAGCUUGCCAGAAUCAUGGCUGUUCUCCAGCAACAAAGACAGCAACAGGUGGGCAGUGCAGGCGGAAGCUCCAAACUGUCCCCAUCUCACCUCAGUAGUGGCCCAAAAACACAGAUGUCAGACUCGCUUUCCCACCCUGGUCUGGGAGGCUCAGUGGCAGACCUGCAUCAGAAAUCAUCAGCUGCAUAUUCAGGGUUUGGUUCCAGUGUAAAUCUGCCUGGUCUUGAAUUAGGGUCCAUGCCUGGUGGUCCAGGUGUUCUUAAAGAAGGUGGAGGACAGCAGUCCCGCUUUAAGUGGAUAAUGGAGGGUCACUCGCCAGCACCCUCUUCUCCCGACGAUGCACUUCACAAGAAUGGUCCCAUUGCUGCUCCUUUGAAAAGAGGAGGCUCUCCGUACUCUCAGUAUGAUAUAUUGGGGAAUGAAGGUUUGGGUGGGCCUCUUCAUGGGUCCUCAGACAGCUGGCAAAGUCCUGGAAACAAGAUUGGAACCAAGACCGGCACAUCCAGCUGGCCUCCAGAAUUCCAGCCGGGAGUGCCUUGGAAAGGGAUACAGAAUGUUGACCCUGAAUCGGAUCCUUACAUGACACCUGGUAGUAUGCUAGGUUCAUCUACAGUGUCAAGCCUCAACGAUGAGCACCAGUUGCUUAGAGAUAACACAGAAUCGAACCCCUCCCUAAACACCUUGCUGCCUUCACCUGGUGCCUGGCCCUACAGUGCCUCAGACAACUCCCUUACCAAUGCACACAACCCAGCUAAGUACUCAGAGUACAAGCCAAGCUGGCCCCCUGAGCCUAUUGGACACAACAAGCCUUGGAAGACCAAUCGCAACACAUCCCAGCUGCCACGACCUCCUCCUGGACUGACCAAUCAGAAGCAGUCCUCCCCUUCCCCGUGGGCGGGAGGAGGGCCACGGUUGGGGAGGGGUUGGAGUGGCUCUGCAGGCAGCCAAGAUAGCAGAUAUGGCUCAGCAUGGAGCGAUGGUGGCGCCUCAAGAGGGAGUUGUUGGCUGUUGCUGAAUAAUCUUACACCGCAGAUUGAUGGUUCCACCCUGCGCACUAUCUGUAUGCAGCAUGGUCCUCUGUUGACCUUUCACCUUGGUCUAACCCAGGGCAGUGCUCUGAUCCGCUACAGUACUCGCCAAGAAGCCGCCAAAGCUCAGAGUGCCCUGCACAUGUGCGUUCUGGGCAACACCACAAUCCUGGCUGAGUUUGUAAGCGAGGAGGAGGUUGCUCGCUAUUUUGCACAUUCCCAGGGUGGAAGUACCAGUGGAGGUGGGAUGCCAGGAGCAGCAGGGUCGUCAAAUGUGGGCGCGGUGGGAACGGUGGGUGCUGGGAGCUCUGGAGAAAGGGAGCGGGCAGGAGGAGGAAACUCCACGGCAGGAAGUGGUGGCAACGUGGGUGCGGGUGCGCCCGCAGGUUCCAACUGGCAGAGUUUGGACGGUACGGGCAGCUCCCCAGACCCAGUCUCCGUCCAGACCCCUGGCCUAAAUCUGUUCGCCCAGUGGAGCAACGGUGCCGGGGGAAGUGGAGCCGUCAGCAACGCGGCAAGCGUGGAGCCGGCCAGGCAAGGCCUUUGGGGGGCAAUGCCAGCUGGGUAUACCAGCAGCAGUCUAUGGGGAUCGCCAGCUCUGGAGGACCGACACCAGAUGAGCAGCCCUGCGGCCCUGCUGCCUGGAGACCUGCUGGGUGGAGGCUCCGACUCUCUCUGACUGACAGAUUAACAGAAAUACAUGAACACUCACACACAUUAACAGCACAUAGGUCAUUAUGACAUGAGUAAGAAAAGCACCCAACCUUACAUCCAAAAUUAGAUAAAUGCCGGCAUUUGUGUACCUGCAAACAUAAAGCCUAGGUACGGAAAUGUGCCGGUAUUUUUUGUCAGUGGAUAGCCACAGAACGCAUUAUGGAUCAUCAGAGAAUCAUUAGAAAAUGUGUUUGCCAGCAAAACUAAAGAAAGUUUCCCCAAAACAAGCACUGGUUAAAAUACAUACUCCGCUAUACUCUAAUGCUGAGAAUCACAAAUAAGUACUAAUAAAAUGCAUUAUGGCAUCGAAGACAACACUGGUAACAAAUGUACACACACUGUUAAACACAUCAGUUUUACGAAAUCCGUGUUCCAAACCCUGCUCUCCAUAAUCCAAUCUCCAUUCUUAAAUCUCAGGAGCAUGAAGACACAGAGUGUGGAGCACGGCUAAGUAUUGCAGUGCAAAACUGCUGACUGAUCUACAAACGCACACACUUACACAUACAUCCCUCAUACACCUUUUACCCUUAAAUGAAGACUUUACAGCAAGACUUGAACAGAACAAAAAAAAAAAAAAAAAAGACUGACAGUUGGACUUAAACUCGACUGGAUGAAUCUGGAAUCUUGAGUUUCUAUCAGAUCACACCUGCAUACUGAGGCAGCACCACUCAGGCAUGCACUGUAACAAAGAGAGAGAAGAAAAAAAAGGACAAUUAUAUAUGCAUCAUACAAUGUUCUAUGUGAUGUUGAGCACUUGACAUACAGGAAGAUUCAUAAUGUUACAGCUCCUAUUUACCGGCAGUCAAACACACUUUCUGGCCACGCUGUUCUGAUGUCUGACUGUAUUUUGUCUUUAUUUGUUUUCAGUGUGGAACAGUGGAAUCCAGAGAUGUAUCUCUCUUCCUUAAUAUGCUGACCUCGUUUUUCUGUUUGUUUGUUUGUUUGUUUGUUUGUUUUUUCCUACUCAAUCAAGUUUGUUGUUCUGAUGACUAUGAUCACUCUGAUGUUAUUAGCUGUGUAACGUGCCCAUUUGGCCUAUGUGUGCAUGAGAGAAGUCCUUAACGGAGGAGAUGAUGUGGAUCAUUAGUGUGGCAUCACUGAAUGUGUGUCACAGAGAGAUUAAGAAGUGUGGUGUGUUUGCUAAUAUAUAUGCUGGCUAGAGGAAGUGUGCGUGCGUGUGUGAGAGUGUGUGAGUGAGAGACAGCUUUCAGGUCUGUGCGCUGGAUUAGUGUAUGCUGAUAUGUCUGUACGCGUGAGUGUCGGCAGCAAGUUCAAGAACAUUGGCACUAAUGAAUAUUUCUUAAGUUGUGGUUUUAGCAGCCUUUUUGUUUUAUAUAUUGUCUGAAUUGCAAUAAUAUUAAAGGAGAAAAAAAAGCUUUUUUAGAAGAAACAACCAACUGAAGGCAUUCAAACAGACAUGCCAAACCUAUUGUACCAAGCUGAGCUGGAUGGAUGUUUUAGGAACACUUAAAAGUUACCAAUUGUUUAUUUUUGUUGUUGUGUACCAUUUUAAAUUAAGACAGGCUUUAUCACUCCUGUUCAGGUUGUUUGUUUUCAGAUUUUACAAAGAAAAGGACGUUAAUUUAACAAAAGAACAAGUCAGUUAAUAAAGGUUGAAUUAAAGUU